CGUAACCACAACAGCAGCGGAACAGAGAUUCUCCGAAUCGGGACAAAGGUGACAAAGGUGACAAAGGUAUGUAUAGUAUGCGAUACUGUGUUGGACAUCGAUAUCAUUAUCCCCAGCGACCAGGUUGGCAUGUUGGAAAAAAGGUUAUUUGUAAGAAUUGUCAAAAUGAUCGCCAAGAAUAGAGCCAUGGUCGGGGGCUGUGCCGCUGUGGUUUGCUGCGCACGAGCCAGCUGCCCGCGUAAGGUUACCGCAACGGCCGCGGCGUCUAACGCGUCUUCUCGUUCUUCGGAUGGACGAGCAACCGCGUUAUUUUUGGCCAUUGGGGGAGACUUGAAACAAUUAAAUGAUUGGCCGCAGAGCGAAGAAUGCGGAUAAAAAGUCUAAUUUCAUUGGCGGGUGCGUUCGAGGCUGGUGUGUCCGAUUGGCUGUGUGUUUGAACGCCUUUCGUUGGUUGCUGGUUGCUGGUUGCUGGUUGCUGGCGGCGGCCGACAGAGACGGUAGGUUAAACGGUGAGACUCUGAUUCCAAAAAUUCGGCUGGCGGCUGGUCCUCCGCCUCGUCCAUUAACCUUACUCAUUCUUCCGUGCUCUCAGCCCUUCACACCUCCACCACACCUUCGUACCCGUUCACCUCCCUCUCCUCUCAGCCCUCCCCUCCAAACACCUGGGGUUUGUCGGCUUCUUUUUCUUCGCCAGCGCACGCCCACGUUCCGCCCUACAGGGUCGGUCCAGGGUUUUUCCAGUAGCGACCCGACAAACUCCUCUCCCAGCUCGAAAUAUCUGCUCGUGGCGCUGAGUACCCCGGCGGAGUCUGACCUUACUGCGCUGGAAAGUAGACGGCCGAUAGAAGAGCUCGUCGGCCAGUGAUGCUUGGGGAUGGUUGGAAAUGAUGUUUCUAUAAAGGCAUCCUGUCUUCCGUUCCAAGAUGUCUUGUUUCCUCUCAUCAUCAUCAUCAGCU